CUCCAACAUCCAUCAUCACAGAUACACACCUGAUCGCUCCCUCUUUCCUUCUAUACCCUUUCUUCAUCUUCAUAUCUCACAUCAAUCAACAUGGCUGCUAACCUCCCCAAGACCAUGAAGGCCCUCCGCUAUGAGGAGCCCCUGAAGCACGGCAUCGCCGAGGUUCCCCUGCCCACUAUUCGUGACAACGAUGUCUUGAUCAAGGUCAAGGCCUGCGGUGUCUGCGGUACCGACUUGCACAUCCACGAGGGUGAAUUCAUUGCCAAGUUCCCUCUCGUCCCCGGCCACGAGACGGUUGGUGUUGUGGCCGCUGUCGGCUCCAAGGUCAAGGGCUUCGAGAUUGGUGAGCGUGUGGUGGCCGACAACUCUGAGCUUUGCGGCGAGUGCUUCUACUGCCGUCGGGGAGACGAGCUCUUCUGUGAGAACUUCCAGGCUCACGGCGUCACCAUGAACGGUGGCUUUGCUGAGUACUGCGCCUACCCUGCUGGCAGGGUGUUCAAGAUCAAGAACCUCUCGGACGUCGACGCCACUCUCCUGGAGCCCGCUUCCUGCGCCGCGCACGGUCUCGACAAGAUCGCCCCGAAGAUGGGCUCAUCCGUUCUCCUGUUCGGUGCUGGCCCCACUGGUCUGAUUCUGGCUCAGUUGCUCCGUCAAUGCGGUGGCUGCCGUGUCGUUGUUGCUGCCCCUGAGGGUCUCAAGAUGGAUCUGGCCAAGUCGCUCGAGGCUGGUGAUGAGUACAUUGCUCUGUCCCGCAGCGACCCCAGCGCCCAGUUCCAGAAGCUCAAGGACGAGAACCCCUAUGGCUUCGACAUUGUCGUUGAGGCUACCGGUAGCGUCAAGAUUCUGGAAGACUCGAUCAACUAUGUCCGCCGCGGUGGUAAGCUCGUCGUGUAUGGCGUGUACUCCAACAAGGACCGUGUUUCUUGGCCUCCUAGCAAGAUCUUCGGCGACGAGAUCACCAUCCUGGGUAGUUUCUCUGAGGUGUACAAGUUCCCUGCUGCCAUUGACUACUUGGAUUCUGGCAAGGUCAAGGUCAAGGGCAUUGUCAACAAGGUGUUCAAGAUCGAGGAGUGGGAGCAGUGCUUGGAGAGCAUGAAGAACAAGUCUGCCAUCAAGGCGGCUAUCACUUUUGAUUAG